ACUAAAAAAGGCAUGUGAAGAAAGCCAAAGCCAAAACAGAGCCAUUAUCACCUCAAAUGUAAACAAUCUGUGUAGAUAAAUAUACUCUCAUUUCUCAAUAUUAUACUUACAGUGUGGCUUACAGUGUGAGGCAUUGGAGGGUAUCACAGUGUCCAUCUAUCUAUCAAUCUAUCUAUCUAUAAAUCCAUCCAUCCACCCACCCAUAUGCACUAUUGAUCUCAAUAAGCCAGCAUGAGGGUAUAUGCCCAGUUUUAAGACUGCUCCUUUCCAUAACUCAGCCACCUUGUGUGGAGGAGAUUUCACCCAUACAGUGCUCAAAAGUGCAUGAGGCAUUCCUAAGUCCCAACUGUAGCUCAGCAUGUUGCAGCUUGUAGGACUUUGCCUUACUUCUGUCCUCACAGCAUUUCUGUUAAUUUGCUUGAUGAUGUUUCUUUUUUCUCUCAUAAUAUUUUUCCUUUUGGUGUUAGAGAAGGAUGAUGUGUGCGUCUUCCAGGAGGUAACUGUACUGAAUCCUGGACAAUCAGUGAUUCAGUACUUGGAUGGAGACCUUUGUUACACUGUGCAAUGUUUACAAGAAAAAGACCAGAACACAGGAUACAAUGCCAUGCAUUUUACAACAGUGAACUGUUCCCAGCAAUGUGAAGCACAUCAGCUGUAUAUUCCUUCCUCCAGUCACCAUAGUUGCUGUGGUACCUGUCAGAAUGUGUCCUGUUCUUUCCUUAGUGAGAAUGGCACACAAAUUGUGUAUGAGGAAGGCAGCACGUGGAUAUCCAACUGCACAAACUACACGUGUACAAAGACUGUGUUGGGGGCUAUGAUAGUGGGCUCUGGCAUGGUCUGCCCCCCUUUCAAUGACUCUGAGUGCACAAAGGUUUGUACUUGGGCUGAGGUGAGUAAGAAUAAUUCAUCUGUCAGUAUGGACACGCUUGAAAGGGCACGCAUGCUUCAUUUGUUUUCUUUAAACCUAAAAAAAGUGGUAAGUAAGAAGAUGUAAGGGAUAAAUUUACAGUGGUGAGUAUCUGUGUGAUUCUCUUGAUUUAGAUUAUAUUAUUUUUUACUAGUUGGACAUCUUUAAAAUGUGUCAUCUCUUGAGAUACUAUACAGUGUUGCACUGAGCACAGUCUUUUUUGAUAUGUUCUCCUUUUGUUUUCCUAGAAUGGAGGGAUUGUGCAGACGUACAAUGAUGGCUGCUGCAAGACCUGCAAAAAGGAAGAAAGGAUUUGCCAGAAAAUGACAAUCAGGACAACUAUAAGAAAAAAUGACUGUAUAAGUCAAAGC